CGCUAUCAUUGGAUGUGAUGGAAUCAAUGACUUUUGUGAAACACACUCGCCACAUGAAUGUUAGAAUUCUACGCCUUGAUGAAGCUCCUCUGCUUCUCGGAAGUGGGGUCUUGCCUCGAGAAGCACAACAAGGACGUGAACUUUGUUGUGUAUAUAGACAAG